GAGGCAGACCACAUUUACGCGCACAACCUCGCACGUAGACUGAAGCGGGUAUCGUGAAAUAUAGCUUAAGAGUACAUUGUGCCCAGCACGUUUGAUUCCGACAGUAGCUGUCUGAAAAAACCUUAUGUGUUUAAACGGCUUGCUAGGUUGUGAUUGAGUAUAUGAUAGAGAAAUGCGGAUACACCAUUAAAAGGCACCCUGCUGUUUGUCAUCACCUGCCACCAGUCCUCUGGUUGUUAUUGGUUAUUUUAAUAUACGGUGUUGCUACAUGCAAAUCUCGGGGACUAUGUAAGCAUCAUGCUGGCGGUGCGAUGCCUGGUGUUCGCUGCAGUGAGUGCACGGUUUGCCGUGACAGACUGGGGCAGCUCAGUGACGCGGGAGAGAUCCGUUUGGGAAUGGGAAUCAGUAGAAGACCGGGGGGAACGGGUACCAGCUGCCGAGGAGGUCACUCAUCCCAAACGACUAGUGCAACAGAUCGAUGCCGAAGGAGAACUGGUUCACGGUCACCUCGACACACGGGUAAAGAACCUCACAGCAGGAGCUCUGCCUGUCCAUCUGGCCCAGAGCAGUUUCCUGGUAGAGGCCUUUGGCAGAUCCUUCAUCCUGGACCUGGAACUCAACCACAAUCUACUGUCCUCAGACUAUGUGGAGCGUCACUUUGACGAGGAGGGCAGGCCGCUCCAGAACCUGGGAGGAGAGCACUGCUAUUACCAUGGUCAGAUGAGAGAGGUACCAGGUUCCUGGGUGGCUCUGUCUACCUGUCAUGGUCUACGUGGGAUGUUUUCCGAUGGCAACUUCUCCUAUGGCAUCGAGCCUGUCCUUAAUGGCAGCGGGGAGGAGCUGAGUGAACACGUUGUGUAUCGUAUGCCUGAUCUGGACCUGCUGCUGCAACACUGCCCAGGAUGUUUAGUGAACAGCAGUGACACUGAGGGAGGCAUCAAGAGUGACAUAGAGGCGGAAGGUGACAAAGAAGGUGGAAAUGACGAGGUUUCGUUUGAACAGGAGGAAUCCGUCUUUUCUCAGGGUUUGAGGCGCGCAAAGAGACAGGUUCGUCGUGGUCAACGCACGGUUCAGACGGAGACCAAGUACAUAGAGCUGAUGGUUGUCAACGAUCAUGACCUGUUUGUUCAGAUGCGUAGGUCGACGUCGCAGACAAGGAACUUUGCCAAAGCGGUGGUCAACAUGGCAGACGCGAUCUACAAAGAACAACUCAACACCAGGAUAGUGUUGGUUGCCAUGGAAACUUGGUCAUCCCAGAAUAUGGUUUCCGUUGGCGAUGACCCCUUGCUGACCCUGCGCGACUUCAUGAAAUACAGGAAGGAGAGCAUCAAGGAACGCAGCGAUGCAGCACACCUGUUCUCGGGAAGAACCUUCCUGAGCAGUCGAAGUGGGACAGCCUACAUCGGAGGAAUCUGCUCCCUGACCCGUGGUGGGGGGGUCAAUGAGUAUGGGAACGUGGGCCCUAUGGCCAUUACGCUGUGCCAGAGUCUGGGACAGAACCUUGGCAUGAUGUGGAACAAGGAGAGACCUGCUGCUGGAGAUUGCAGGUGCCCGGACCCUUGGCUGGGGUGUAUCAUGGAGGAUACAGGGUACUACCUGCCCAGGAAGUUCUCUCGCUGCAGUAUAGAUGAAUACCUGCGCUUCCUCCAGCAAGGAGGGGGCAGUUGUCUCUUUAACAAGCCCAGCAAGCUCCUGGAUCCCCCAGAGUGUGGGAACGGCUUUGUGGAAGUGGGCGAGGAGUGUGACUGUGGCUCUCAGGUGGAGUGUGGGCGCAGCGGAGGGGCCUGCUGUAAGAAGUGUACUCUUACCCACGAUGCCAUGUGCAGUAACGGCCUCUGCUGCAGGAACUGCAGGUAUGAGAUUAGGGGGGUGACGUGUCGUGAGACUGGAAAUGACUGCGACGUCCCUGAAAUGUGUACAGGAGACUCCAGUCAGUGUCCUCAUAAUGUCCACAAACUCGAUGGGUACAUGUGUGAUGUCGGACAGGGACGUUGCUACGGGGGCCGCUGCAAGACCAGAGAUGGCCAGUGCAAGACUCUUUGGGGCCACAACUCGGCUGAUCGGUUCUGUUAUGAGAAGCUCAACUCCGAGGGCACAGAGAAGGGAAACUGUGGACGAGACUCCAGCGGACAGAGCUGGGUCCAGUGCAAUAAGCAGGAUGUGCUCUGUGGGUUUCUGCUGUGCACCAACAUGUCUGCCAAGCCCAGCUUUGGAGAGCUGCAGGGGGACCUGACCAGCAUGACCAUCUACCACCAGAACAAGUACCUGGACUGCCGCGGGGGUCACGCGGUGCUGGAGGACGGCUCCGACCUGGGCUACGUUGAGGAUGGGACGCCGUGCGGCCCCAACAUGAUGUGCCUGGAUCGUCGCUGCCUGCCCGUCAACACCUUCAACCUCAGCACCUGCCCCGGCUCCUCCCCCUCCCGGGUCUGCUCCCACCAUGGGACAUGUAGUAAUGAGGUGAAGUGCAUCUGUGAUCCAGACUACACAGGAAAGGACUGCAGCGUGUACGAUCCCAUCCCUGACCCCACCCCUCCAGAGGGCCCAGAGAAAUACAAAGGUCCCAGUGGCACCAAUAUCAUAAUAGGGUCCAUCGCAGGGGCAAUCCUGCUGGCAGCUAUUGUCCUAGGAGGAACUGGAUGGGGAUUUAAAAACAUCCGAAGAGGAAGAUCUGGAGGCGGUUGAAAAGUGUGUCCACCUGCUGUCCUGUCUUCCUUGCACUGUGUCCUAUCCACUUUGAGGAGAAAAAGCAAAGAUGUCUUCCAUUAUCUUUACUCUCAAACUACACCUCUCACAAUCCUCCUUUUCAACUUCUUUCUGUUUAUUUUUUAACUUUGUUCCUUCAUCCCUGAAUCGUCUCACCUCUUGCCUUCGGUAGGUUUCAAACUGAAAUACAUUCCAGCCAGAUCUGAAUACCUGACAGGCAAUGGCCACGCUGUAUUGCCUACAUCUCCAAUGUAAUGCUUCUUUGUCGGAGGCCUUCCAAUGUCAUUCCAUUUUGCCCCACAGUUUAACCUCUUAAGCAUUGUUGAUGAAGUGUUGGAGAAUGUCAUAAACCAGAUGAAAGGGGACCCAGAUCUGUAUUACCUUAACAUAAGUGCUUUACUGAUAUAAUUAGUUUAGCUUUCUUCUUCUUGUGAUUGAACAGUUCGUCUUACCUGCUAAUUGGACUGUUACGCUUUACCCCCCUUUAAAGGAUUGUUUGUAGAGAACAAGUAAAAGUUCAUUAAUCACUUCAUCCAUGUAUGGAUGCGUGUAAAGUUCUAUCUCACUCAAAAGAUGGUUUCCAUACCUGUAACCUUCCCCCACGGCUGAUGUAUUGCACAUCAUCAGACACAGAGUGAGACUAUAUAUAUUUAUUUUCUGGUUUUGAACUACAGUAAAAGUUCAUUUUUAGCACUAUUUAGGAAAGAGUUCCAGGUUCCAACUUGAUCUGCUUGCUUGUGAAUCAAGCACAAGUAUUUAAAAUGGUGUAGUUAAACUGGACUAAUACAUGUAUUCCUUUACCUCAUAUGAUGCUGCUUGUCAGUAUGAAUCAGUAGUCUCUCCUUCCUUAAUCAGUAAUUCAAUCAAACAUAAUAUGCAGAAUGUCUGAAUGUAUAUCUCAAGCUUUCGAUUGAGCAAAGACUUAUCGCACCAGUGUCGACAAAGUAACUUUGCACGGGUUGACAACCUAGCUAGAUAGUCGAUUGCACAUGCACACUCUAUAGAAUGUGUAUCACACCGUAUAACAUUAAAUCCAUAGAGAUUGAUUAUGCGUACAUGUAGGCUGGAUAUGGGUGCUUCUGUAUAUUUGUAUCGUAGUUUCACACAUUUAGACGGCAGGGAAAUGUGACCAGCUCAGCCAUGGGAAGCACAAGUUUGUGAUGGCUCCCUAAUGGCUUCCCUUCCAAGAAGCCCUUAGGGAGAUGAUGAUGAAAUGCAGGAAUGACCAUUAAUUGGAGCUUGAUUCAGUAUUUCAUUUACAAAUACUACCCCUGGGGGAAUGUAUUCACUUUAACUGAAUAGGAAUUAAAAUUAUAUGUAUUAUUUCCAUGAAAUGGGUAGUGAACCAUAUUUGAAACGUUUUUUUAAACCGAGAUUAAACUUGUUCUCAAAUUGUGAAGAUAUCGCUCGAUUAAGUUAAAUGUAUACAAUGUGGAUCAAAAUUAGCUGUACACAAGCAUAUCUAAUGAAUUCAUUUGGUAAAGGUUUACUGUAUGCAGAUUUUGAAUUUUAUAAUGCAAUGCACACAAAUUAACACAUUACUUUCACAAUGAAACAAGCUUUACCAUACUGUGAAAACAAUUACCUUCUCCCACUAAGAAAGAAAGUGUAGACGGUGUGUGCCACAC